AUGUUGGGGUUGGGUGCUGAUCGGUUGCGAGCCGACAUGAAUCGGUUGCUCGCAAUGCUCUUUCACCAGGGAGUUUUGGAUGAGCAAUUCUUGCAGCUUCAACAGCUCCAAGAUGAGAGCUCCCCAAACUUUGUUUCUGAAGUUGUUAACAUCUACUUUCAUGAGUCUGAGAAGCUCUUAAGAAAUCUCAGAGAAUUAUUGAUGGAUAGAGAAUUCUCGGACUACAAGAAAAUGGGGACACAUUUGAAUCAGUUUAUGGGAAGCAGCUCAAGCAUUGGAGCCAAGAGAAUCAGAAACGUCUGCGUUGCUUUUCGCGCUGCUUCUGAACACAACAACCGUGCUGGGUGCCUGAGAGCUUUGGAAGUGCUAGAACAUGAAUAUUGCUACCUCAAGAACAAAUUGCAUGAAUUAUUCCAAAUAGAGCAGCAACGAGUCUUGGCAGCUGGGGUCAGGUACCCAAUGCAGAACAAUUAA